CGAAUCAAACAGCUGAGAACGCGCGUGUAAAGCCAGAGGGAACGCAGCAGCAGAUGCAUUGAAAGAAGAAACGCAGCGCGUUACAACAUUUACCCAUGAAGACCAAGCUUCUGCGGCGCACAGAUGAAAGACGAUAAACGCCAAAUGUGUUCGGUGUGUGUUUUGGUUUGUUGAGGACGCCUGAUAUUUUAUUUCUCUGUCAUAUCUGAUGAACAAGAGCGCGGAGCAGCAGUGCUUAAAGAGGGAAUCCGCAUUUUGUCACGGUUUUUGUCCUCAGCGCUUUUUAUUGUUGAUGUUUGGCCUCGUUUACUAACUCCCGACUAAACGAAAGAUUUAGGGAGAAAAUCAAAGAACCGUUUUUAAGAACUGCGCGAGCCUUCGCCGUGAAAAUCAACUGCAGGAGCAGAAAUGUGACAUUUUUCACGCGACCGUCGACCAUAUCGGAUGCUUUAAUCGAUAAAGGGUCCAUCUCUUAGACCAUAAUUUUCAAGGCAACUACCACGGAUUAUAUCUUAUACUAAGAUGUCAUUAUUUCAUGUCAUGUUCCUGCUGCUCACUGGGCUGGGUGUGAGUUUGUCUCAAGAUGAGAAGCCGACAGUCCCAUUUGGCUGCAGAUUUGGACCUCCAAGACCAUACACUCUCUUAUGUGACCUGGAUGCUAUAUGGGGCGUGGUGGUGGAGGUCGUAGCAGCGGCUGGUGUGUUAGCUGCCGUUUUACUGUUGAUGGUGUUACUGUGUCGCCUGCACUCAGUGACUGAGGCACCAAAGCGAAGUGGCAUCGGUCCGAUUCUCUUACUGUUAAUGGGCAUUAUUGGGCUGUUUGGGCUUAGCUUCGCAUACCUUAUUGAGCAUAACGAGAGCAUUUGUGUGGUGCGACGUGCCCUCUGGGGUUUGUUUUUCUCACUCUGCUUUGCCUGCAUGUUAGCACAGGGCUUGAGGCUGCGCAGGCUUGCACGUGAGUCUCGUAGCCCAGGCGGGUGUGCCAUCGUUGGACUAGCGCUAGGGUUAACAGCAGUACAAGGUAUUAUCGCUGCGGAGUGGCUUCUUCUAACAGUGCUGCGGGAGGGUAACCCGGCUUGCGAGUAUCAGCAACUGGACUUUGCACUCGCUUGUGCCUAUGUGGUUGCACUCCUGCUGUCUGCCCUAGUAACUGCAACAUUAGCGCUGUGUGGGAAGGCACGACAAUGGCACUGUAAUGUUGUGUGGCUUCUAGUCUCCUGCUUGCUGUCCAUUCUUCUGUGGGUGGCUUGGGUUGGUUUCUAUGUCUAUGGAAACAAAGUACUUGAAAAGUCUCCGGACUGGGAUGAUCCAGCAUUGGCUGUGGCCCUGGUAGCACAGGGUUGGUUGUUAUUGCUGUGCCAUGCUGCUCCUGAAGCCCAUGCCUGUCUUCGAGCACCACCUCAGCCUUUAGUUCCAGACUAUUUUGACACAUCUCAGAAUUCAUCACGCAUGAGAGAGGCCAGCCUUGAUGAGGAUAUCCCACUUUCGCACAGGCAGUUUGUGGAGAGCCAGGGAUACGCAUUUGAUGAAAAUGCUGCAGGGUUGAGAAGUGGUAGCCAUCAUAACGGCAACACAGGAGCCAGACCCAGUGCACCCUUCAGAAGUAACGUCUACCAACCGACUGAGAUGACCAUGAUACUAAAUGGAGGAGCAGUUCCAUCUGCACCUCCCACAUACACAGGAAGACAGCUUUGGUAAAGGAGUCUGAGAGAAGGGUGAAUGGAAAAGUGGCGUAAGCUCCAACACUGUAAAUGAAAAAAACCUCCGAAGUGAAUGCGGACUUGCAGUUAGGAACAACAUUAAAAGCCGCCAGUGCUCCAGUGAGACUAAAAUAAAGAACUCGGAUGAUGGUGUGUGUGUGUGUGUGUGUGUGUGUGUGUGAGAGCAAUUUGACAAGCAUGAUAGAAGGAUGUUAAAACUGGACAACUCUUUGCACCAUCGAUAGCUGUAGUGAUUUUGAGUUAGUGUACUGGUAAAGUAUUGAUGCAGUUUCACACAUUUCUCCAUUAAAUCAGCUUUUCAUUCCAACAGUAUUUUAAUUUGAUCACUGUCUCAGAUACACCUGAAUAUUUAUCUUGCUCUGGCUUCAGAUUCACUCUGAAGUCAAAUCGGGCUCUGUAUGUUACAUAAUGAAGUUACAGAUCUGUCUGUACUGCAGUUGUGAUUGUGCAGUAAAACUUGGACAUUUUAUCAUUCUGUGAUAACUGGAUACACUACUUGGAUUCCUCUGGUCAAAGUUUUUUAUUUUGUGAGUUGUCUGUGUAUGAAUGACAGGCGUGCAACCGCAGCGCCAACCCCCUUGCAACAUGCUGUGACAAAUCUUUAGCACUCUUCUAUGGACUUUUUAGCUCAAAUCUCACUCAAUUCUAUAUAACACCUUGUUGCAAAUGGGCUGUAUUUUUAUACAUCAAAAUGUUCUUGCAUUUCGCCACUGGAGCUGUGAAAUAUUUAAUCAGUUUUGAGCUCUGCUCUGUUUAACAGUUAAACAAUUAACCUUCAGAUACCUACUACUGCUGGACAGAUCCCAGUGGAAAUAACUGAUGACCAAGCAAACGAGAGAGGCGAGGUCAAGGGUUAGGUAUGCUAGUCUGAAUUGUGAUUUUAAAAACUGCAAGUCUAAAUGGCCAUAUACACACUGUAAGUUUUGGAAGUGAUAACUCCUAAUGUGGGAAUAAAUAUGUUACCCACAUAAGUUACAGUGCUUGAUAACUAUAUCACUGUUAAUAGGUUUAUUUUCUUUUGCUAACUUUUAAUACAUUUGUGUGUGUGUAAGUUUUUCACCGAACUAACAUUAGAGCCGAAGUAGGCUACAUAUUAUUGUUUAGUCAAUGGGUCCAGAGAUUUUAAGCUUCAAAAAGAAAAUAACAGUAAUCCAGAAAGUUGAUUUUAAAGGGGUCAUUGGAUGCGACAUGCACUUUUACAAGUUGGUUGAACUGAAAUGUGUGUUGGCAGUGUGUGUACACAACCACCCUAUAAUGAUAAAGAUCCACCCAGUGUUUUUUUGUUUGUUUGUUUUUUAAAUCUACUAAAAUCAUUACCCCUUUCUCAAAUCAAGCCGUUCUCAGCUUCUUGUGUGACGGACACGGACGAAGGCCCCUCCCACGAUAGCUGAUUGACAAUAACGUAUCAGCACAGACUGGACUGGUCUUACCUUAGACCCGCCCCGAGUGAUCACCGCCAGAGCAGAUGUAGACAAGAAUGACUCCUGAGCGAUCGAGGCGUUCUGUUGUUGGAUGUAAUAAUGAACAUAGCAGUCGUCAUUUACUCCCAACAUCUGAGCCGCUGAAGACGCAGUGGAUUACGUUUGUUUCUGAAGGGAAUGUGCCGAUCCCCGAUCUACCUAAAUGCGUUUGUUCACGCAAAUCAUUUGUGAUCCAGCCUCACCUGCAGAAGAAGUGAGUAUAAGGUUUUUUAUGAAUCUUUGCAAAUCGCUUUUCCUAAUAACGUACUAGUUAGCAAGUUUCACGAUGAAUGCAGCUAAAGUUUACCGUCUCUCAGAGAGGGGCGGGGUCAGCAAAUCUCAUUUGCAUUUAAAGCGGCAUGCAAGAAAACAGCUUGCUCUGAAAAGAGCUGUUUUCGACAGGGUAAAAAGGGUGUUGUUUUACACUACCAUUGAGAAAUUUUAACCAAAGUAUGUUAUAGACUUUUCAUUAAGAUCCUAAAGAAUCAUAUCAACUUGUUGAAAAUGGACAUCCGAUGACCCCUUUAAAUAAUUAGAGUUGUAUGGAUUACUUUGAUGAUUUAUGUACAAAAAGAGAUGAACUGUAUUUUGCUAUGAGGGUGAGUAAAUGACAGAAUUUUUAUUUUUGGGUGAACUGCCCCUUUAGGCACUGAAAAGAGUGACGACUUCAGUAUGUACGUGGCCACAGUAUAAGAGAUCAGAGAACUGUGGUAAGAGGGUCUGUUUUUUUCCCCUAUGAGAGUAACAAUGUGCUCUGUUCUGAAAGUGUUUUUGUCAUUGAUGUUUGCUCCUUAUACUGUGCUGUAAUCUUUCGAAAGGGACAGGGAGUUGUAGAGAAUAACUAAUUUCCUUUAUAGUUAUGCAUGCAGAGUCCUAAACCACAUCACAGAAAAAGAUAUACUAUAUUACAGUUCAGUAUUAGGCUGUUUUCACAAAACCAAGAGUGAACAUUUGGUUGAUUUCUUGGUCCAAUUCAGAGUUUGAUUCCACCCUCCUCCCCUAGUUAUACAAGGUACAAAAGGCAAAUGAUAUGCUGCCAUUAAUAACAGUUAUAUUCUGAGAAUGCAAAGAUGUAAAUUACACGUCAUCAGUAGCAGUUUACAUCCAUAAGUUAUGAUGGAUUGCUGGAGUCUAUCUGAACCGAACCCCAGAACCCCAUGUGUGGUUCUCGUUUGCACACUUGAGUUUCCUUUUACUGAUCACUGUAGACAAGUAUAGAUUUGGUGGUGGGGUUCUUUAAAGGUCUUUUUGCAUAUAGUUUUAGGUUCAUUGUAGAAAGCAGUUUACCUUAAUCAAGCCUAAAUCCUCAAUAACCAACCACAGGGUGACUAGGACUGGGUGAGAUAGCUAAUAGUUAUAUAAACCAUUUUCUGCCUUCGGCCAAUAUCCUAAACGUGUGUAUUUAACCCAAAGAAACAAAGGCCUAAAAGUAUUAAAAAUGCUUGAAGUAAAACAAACAAACAGACAGUUAUAAAAGUCAGUUAGCACUUUAAUAUGUGAGUUUCAAAGCAAUAAGGGGUUAGGAGGAGAACUGUGGAUAUUGAUUGUUAAAGAGGUCAUGACAUACUUCAGCAUAUUUGUCUGUGUCCAUUUGAAUGGAUUGCUCAUUUUGACGCUGCUUCAAUAUGGAUGGCCAUAUCCUUGGCUAACAUCUUUGCAUGCUCUCGCCAUGAUGCAUAUAGAAUUGCUUUGAAAAUUUUGCAUGCUGAAUAAUGGCAACCAUUCGAAUAUAGCCACAUAUCAGCAGUGUCCAAUCCUGCUCUUGGAGAGCCACUGUCCUGCAGAGUUCAGCUCUAGCCUGGCCCAGCACGCCUACAUGGACGCUUCCUCAAUUAGCUGGUUUAGCUGUGUUUAAUUGGGGAUGGAGUUGGCCAUUGUUCUGCAGAGUUGGACAACCCUGCUCUAUGUGAAAAAAACUCAUUCAACAAUAUAAGUACAGCGGCCUGUCUACAUUCAUCUGGAUACAUUUGAGAAUGCUUUUUGUUUCAAAAUGCUAUGCGUCCACACUAGCAAUUUCCAAAAUACUGUGUAUUAUCUCAGCGAGAAUUUAUUACAUUUUCCUCAUGCAGAGACACCAGAAAAAAUACAUUUCUCAUGCUGUUAAUCUGGCACUAUCAUUUUAUUAACAAAACAUCUCCCCACUUACUGGUGUCCAAUUCACACUCAAAAUUGCCACUGGGUGGUCCAUGAAGGUGAGGCGAUCCUGUGCCAACACUUUGAAAGCAAAUCAUUUUUGCAAUUUUGUUUCAGUAAUACUUGUUUUGUAUUAUUUUUUGAGUUCUGAAACUUAACUGAAUUUUGAUUUUUUGACAAGUCCAUUACACUAUAAAACAUUCAGUGUCAUGACCUCUUUAAAGUGAUCUACUAGUCACUAGUUGAAGUGGUUGGAACCUAAAGUAUAGGUUUAUCAAAAUGAUUUACAGUCAUUUUGAUGGAAAAUGCUACAAACUGAGAUAGCUGGACUGUUUUUUUUUUUCAUAAACAGCAGGUUCCAAUCAAAUAGCUGUCAUGUCAUCUCGUCCCCAGGUUCUGAAGGUCAUAGCAUUAGGUUUCUACCUUGCUCAAAGAUGCUCUAUGCAACUAUGUGAGCGCAUGCUUCGCGUUGUUGCAUUUGACGUAUCAAAGUGCAGUUCGUAACACAAUGCAAGUACUUUACAUGUUGCAUUCUCAGAACUGUCGCAAGGGGUGCUAUAGCACGCAUUAGCAUGAACUUCCUUCUCCUAUGGUCACUUUUUUUUGUGUCAACUACUGUCCUGGUGGAGCAGUAUGGAGAAAAUAACUUAUUUACACUGUUAAAAGUUACCUACCUGAACACUAACAUGUAUGGUUUUAUGGCACAGACAGUAUUUGAAGGUAACCAUUAACCUAGAGUACAAUGAGAAGCUCACUUGUAAUGUAUUGAUGACAUAUUUGUACCCAUGUUUGCAUAAGGCUUGUUUCUGAGGUGCAGGGUCCCACUACACAGGCAUUAAAAGACUUACUGAAGGUACUGUGUGAAGGGAAAGGGUCCUGUUGUGUAUUAGAGCCUUUGUAUUAAUAUAUCGUUUGUUGUUUUAUGUUGUUUGGUCAGCUCCUGUAUAUGUGUGUGUAUAUAAUAUGCGCACAUGACGCGUUUGUCAGGGUUAACAUGACAGUCAGAAAAUAACCUGUGUACUGUAUUUUCACAUGACUGAAAAUAAUGAAAAAGGCAACGUCAGUGUGAUAUAAUGAGAUGAAGUUUGGUUGGUUUCCUAUGUUCAUAAAGUUAGAAAAACAGUAGUGAGAUGCACAUAAUGUCUGUUUCCUGAAAUCUUCCAUACUACUGAAUUUCCAUCGUUUCUGUGUUCUUCACAUCUUUCACCUCUUGGUUGUUUUGCCCUAAGACUUUAUCAUCUGGAGCUGUGCAGUGAUGCAGCAUGUCUAUGUUUAGAACGAUUUCCCCAAAAAACAGUAUAUAUGGAAUAAAACAAUUCAACAACCA